UGUUUAACCUUCCUGGCUUCUCCAGUGCUUAACUGUGGGCACCAGGCCAUUUUGUCCUCUACAGUUUAGUGCACCAGAUUGCCAUUUGGAUCCUCAGUAUCCUCCUGUUCCUCCCCCUGUGUUUGGAUGCCAGAGGCUGCACCUGAUUUCAGCUGCAUGCCCCCAUGUCUAGCCGUAAUUGUUCCAUUAGCUGUGCACUGCCCUCACUAGAACUGAAACUUCCAGGACACCUGCUGUGCUCUACUCACUGUUAUUGCCCCAGAAUAUAGUACACAGUAGUCACUCAGUAGGUAGAUGGGGAAUGACCAGAUUUUCUGUCUCCUUCCCAAUCAGAGUCAGUUGUCAUAAGGCAUGAAGCUCAGUGUCGUCUGUCCUCUGCCUCUCUGGUAUGCCAUCUACUAUGCAGCCAUACUCUGAAGCCCGGCAAGUUCCUGCCCUGGAGGUCCCCACACCAGCUGGUCACAGACCCCAGUAACCUGCAUAUCCCAUUCUCUUGCUUCCUCUAUGUCUGUGAGAGGCACAGAGGCACAUCUAAGCGGAUGUGGUGCUCUGUGAUACUGCUUUGCUCUCUGUCUGGUGAUGGUAGUUAUUUUAACUUGUAUCUUACCUCCCCAGAUAGGUUCCUGAUCUUCUCCAUCUUUGAAUUCACUGACCUAUGUAUAGGUGUGUAUUGUUGCUAUAACAAAAUAGCCGACACUAGCAACUUAAGGAAGGGUUUAUUUUGGCUCAUAGUCUGAGGAUGCAGUCCGUCAUGGAGGGAAGGCUUGGUGGCAGGAGCGAGAAGCAGUUGGUCACAUUACCUCUGCAGCCAGGGAGCAGGCAGAUGCAUGCUGCUGCUUGACUGCUUUCUCUCUUUUAUUCAGCCUGGGACCCCAGCCUAUAGGAUGGUGUCACACACAUUCAGGAUGGGUCUUCCCUGCUCAUUUAAGCCUUUCUGGAAGUGCCCUCAGACACCAACAGGGGUGCAUCUCCAGGAUUCUCAGUCCCAUCAAGUUAAAGGUCAAGAUUAAUUAUCACAAAGUGUUUAAUAAGUAUGGGUUUGAUCUUAGCUGAUUGGCUUUUUUUCCUUUAUGCUUGUUUGUGUAUGUGUAUUUUUUAUUUUUAAUUUGGCAUAUUCAUAGUUGGCCAUAAAAGAAAUGCAUACACUCUUAUCACAGCCGCCUUCUAGGUUAGCAGACUCAGGUGCUUUGGGUUUCACAUAGCUAAUGGCUUCCAUAAUGGAUCAGUAAGAGGAGACAUUUCCAUGUUGCAGAGAGGUGGGCUGAACAGCUCUGAGCUAGAUGCUGCAGUCCAGUGGGUAGGUGUGUGUUUUAAGCUGUGACUUUGAUGCGCCACGAUGAAAGCCAAGAGCAGUUUGUGCUUUUGGGGUCCCUUUUAUCCCAAUGGUGUUCUUGAGAGGCUCUCACCUACAUUCUCUGCUGUAGGUCUCAUGGUCUAGUAUGGACCCUGUUGCUAUUCACAGCUGCCACCUCCUCCAGCAACUGCGAGAGCAGCGGAUCCAAGGCCUGCUUUGUGACUGCAUGCUGGUGGUGAGGGGAGUCUGCUUCAAAGCACACAAGAACGUGCUGGCAGCCUUCAGCCAGUACUUCAGGAGCCUUUUUCAGAAUUCUUCCAGCCAGAAGAAUGACGUUUUUCACCUGGAUGUUAAAAAUGUGAGCGGCAUAGGGCAGAUCCUGGACUUCAUGUACACGUCGCACCUUGACCUCAAUCAGGACAACAUUCAAGUGAUGCUGGACACAGCGCAGUGUUUGCAAGUACAGAAUGUUCUGAAUCUGUGCCACACGUUUCUGAAGUCGGCCUCUGCAGCACAGCUGCCAGGCUUGUCCUGUGCUGGUGCCUUCUCCCUGCAGAGUGUGACUCUGGAUGGUCCCUGUACGGUAAAUGAGCACUGCCCACCCCACUCACUGCAGGAGUGCCCUGCGGAAGGCCCGCCUGCUAAAGUUCUGCCUGAACUGAGUCCUCAUGCUCCAUCAGCAGGUUUCAGUGGUCCCACAGGAGAAGUCUCCAAACCAGCCCCGGAUGCUGCAGGUGGCAGCUGCCCAGAGCUGCCCUGCAAGCAGCCCAACUACUAUUACAAACUCAGAACUUUGUACAGCAAGCAGUACUACAAGCAAACGGCCUGCCCCAGCCAGGCGCCUGCCACAGAACAGCCACUCACUCUCGGGACCUCCACAGAUGUUGCUGCAGCAGACUCACAGCCUUCCGUGGAGGGCCGUGCAGGUGUCCUGGAGUCUUCAGAGCAAUUGCCUUCCACCUUCCUGGCUCCACCCCUCAGGAACUCUGGCAUGGACUCGGAGGCAGACCCCCUUUCUCAGCCACCUGCCAAGCAGAUGAGGCUGAAGAAGGCCAUGCACCUGAAGAAACUAAACUUUCUCAAGUCACAGCAGUCGGCUGUUGUGAGUGCGUCUGAACCAGAUACUAGGUUGGUCAGGAGGGAGGAAUCUGCUGCUAAGGAAGAUGGGGCCGAGAGAGCCAGAAGCCCGACUCCUGAAGAAAAGGGGAGGGAAGAACUGGGUCCAGAGAGCAGCCAUGAGGUGGAGAUUCCGGGAGCCCCGGCCACAUGGGAAGACCCAUCCCAGGGCCUCCAGUCCCAGAAGCAGUACGCAUGUGAAUUGUGUGGGAAGCCUUUUAAACACCCGAGCAAUCUGGAGCUGCACAAACGGUCCCAUACAGGUGAGAAACCUUUUGAAUGUAACAUUUGUGGGAAACACUUCUCUCAGGCAGGCAACCUCCAGACUCACUUACGCCGGCACUCUGGGGAGAAGCCGUACAUCUGUGAAAUCUGUGGAAAGAGGUUUGCGGCCUCUGGUGAUGUCCAGCGCCACAUCAUCAUUCACUCUGGAGAGAAGCCACACUUGUGUGACACAUGCGGCCGAGGGUUCAGCAAUUUCAGCAAUUUGAAGGAGCACAAGAAGACGCACACAGCUGACAAGGUGUUCACCUGUGAUGAGUGUGGGAAGUCCUUCAACAUGCAGAGGAAGCUGGUGAAGCACCGUGUGCGGCACACGGGGAAGUGCUUUGGGGGCUCAGGAGACCUGCGCAGGCACGUCCGAACUCACACCGGGGAAAAGCCUUACAGCUGUGAGAUCUGCAGCAAGUGCUUUACGCGCUCCGCGGUGCUGCGUCGGCACAAGAAGAUGCACGGCCGAGCCGAUGCCAGGAGCCCAGCUGUGCUGGGUGAGCUGAGCCAGGCCAUCGAGACCUCUGACCUGGAGAGGUCUCAGAGCUCCGACUCCUUCUCCCAGGAUGUGUCCGUCACACUGAUGCCUGUGUCUGUCAAACUCCCUGGGCACCCAGUGGAGAGUUCUGUGGCAGCAUUCGAUGGUCACUGCACUGGCUCCUACUGUAAGUUACGCUCCAUGCUCCACCCUCCUAGCAUGAGUGACCAAGACAAACUGGGCCUGGAUCCUGCCAAGCUGGCCAAGCCCCAGGAGCUGCAGAACCAGCCGCAUGCCUAUGCUUACUCAGAUGUGGACGCCUCAGCAGAUGCUGAGCAGUCACAGGCUGAUGGCAUGGCUGUGACCCGCUCUUCCUUGGCCACGCUGGACAACCACUGCACCGAGCCGCUGGGCAGCCGGGCAUCUUCAGUGACUUACAGGAACUCUGAGGGACAGUUUUUCUCUAGUAUGACCCUCUGGGGGCUAGCAAUGAAGACCCUGCAGAAUGAACAUGAGCUAGAGCAGUGAUGUGCCGUCGCAUAAGACUGGAGAGAGGCACCCUGCCCAGGACAGCCUCCUGCAGCUCUGGAGAAUGGCUAGAUGGUUUCCCUCCCAGGGGCUGCUGGGAGCUCCAUGGAUGGACCCAGGAGUUGCUAGCCCCCUGCUGGUCCCAGGGGCAGAUGGUUUGGGGAAGUCUCCACAGCAGCCUGGGCCCUAGGGUAUGGGACCAGCUGAUGUACAUCAGUGUGGCAGUGCACCUUACGUCAGCCACUGUACAUUUUCGUCCUGUUAGAUGUCAUGUGUAUACAUAAAAAUACAGAUUUUAUUUUUACAUUUUUAUAAGAGAAAUUUUUAGCAUCUUAUAUUUUUAAAUAUUUAUACAGAUUCUAUUUGUAUAAUGAACUUGUAAUAUAAUUUGAAUAAAUGAACUUCCUUUUCUAUA